GAUUUCCAAACCGUGCCAGUCGACAACACGUUUCGGGAGCUUGUCGUCCACAGCAACAGGGAGUUCCAGCGGUACGCCUUGGAAAACGGUGUUUACUUCGCUCCAGUUGACGAUGACGAAAUCGAGCGCCUCCAAUACAUGCAUGAGAUCUUCAACAUGAUGUUCGACAACAGGCUUAUAUUCCCGCCGAUACCGCGGCCGCGAAGGAUCUUGGAAUGUGGAUCUGGGUCCGGUGCAUGGGCGAUCGAGGUUGCUGAGCAGUAUCCUGAUUGCGAGGUAAUUGGAAUCGACGUAUACCCAUACCCGGUCCCAGAACACACCCCGCCCAAUUUGGAUUUUCAGGUGGACGACCUCAACAGUCCGUCCACGUUCCCGUCGAACUAUUUUGAUCUGGUGCACAGCCGAAUGAUGGCGGGAGGAAUCCAUUCGAACCGGUGGAUGAACUAUCUAGGCGACAUACUGCGCAUCCUUCGCCCUGGAGGUUGGUGUCAGAUGGUCGAGAUAUACUUUAACGCGCAGUCCGACAACGGGACCCUUACGUCGAAUCAUGCGCUUCAAGUGUGGUCGCGGAGCUAUAUGCAAAGCAUACAACCUGCAAAGGACCCCAGGGCGCCGCUGCGGCUGCAAAACUGGAUGACGCAAGCAGGUUUCGUGGAAGUCGAGUCACGAUUGUUGACUUUGCCCCUGAGUGGAUGGCCAGCAGGGGCGACGGCGUCUAACGUUCUGCCAGAUCCUCGAGAGAAUGCCAUCGGCUUGGCCAACAGAGCCAACGUCCAGCGGCUCCUGUCUUCGCUUGCCGUGUACCCCUUCUCGCAGGCUCUCAACAUGACGGACACGGAUAUUCAGCUACUCAUAGCGCAGGCUCGCAAUGAAGCCGACAACCCGGCCUUCAAGGCUUAUUUUCCAGUGUAUGUUUGUAUCGGUCGGAAGCCCGGGAGCAGUAGCAGCAGCAGGCAGCAUCGACACAGCGAUAGCCGGAGCCACCAGUCUUCCAAGAGCGGUAGGCACGGCGAGUCGAGGAAACGGGCGCGACACGGGUAG